GCAAUAAUAUCUUUGCUGAACAACAUAACAAAAAUGUUUACAUCACUAAUUUCAAACAAAUCGAAUGUAUAAAAACUUUUAGUUGUACUUCCCUUAUCAUUUUAUCAAAUGUAAAUUACAAUUAAAUGGAUACCCAAAAAAAUUUCGACAGCAAAUAGUAAAGUAAAGGAACUUGGAAAACAGCAGAUUUAUUUCGUGUAAUAUCACAACUAUAAGUUUAUAAAAGUAAGUUGUUAAAUAAAAAUAAAAGUUGGGUGGAGGGAAAUAUCGACGCGUACAUGUCGACUGUCGCUAUAUGCGACGACGAUAUUCAAACCCCAAAUGUAGCAACACUUAAGCUAUAAAAAGCAAACAAACAAGAGACCGUGUUGUCUGCACGCUGUAAAUAGCGAAAUGGCACUCUUCGGCACGCAGCUCGUCAUAACACUGGUGAUGGUCAGUGUUAUACAGAAGCUUGGACCCCAUUAUUCUCUAGCAAGGUGGCUUCUCUGCUCCACAGGACUCAUUCGCUUCCUGUAUCCCACCGAUGAUGAACUGCGGAGAGCUGCCGGAGUCCCUAAGGACAAACCCAAAUCUAAGAAGGGGGGCCGACAUGUGGAGAAUGGCAGAGCUGGUGACACAUUCCACGUUCCGAGGAAUCUGGAUAUUCAGCUAGAAACGGCGAAGGUGUCCUCAUUGGACAUCAUCCAUCUGCGCUACUACAGUGAGUACCAGUGGUUUGUCGACUUCUCGCUGUAUGCUGCUAUUGUUUACAUCUUGACGGAGGUGUACAGUUACUACUUCCCCCUGAAGGAUGAAUUCAACCUGAGCAUGGUGUGGUGCACGCUAGCUGUUGGGUUCUCAUUAAAGUUGCUUCUGUCACUGACUGCACACUACUUCCGCGGCGAGGAGUCGGUCGGGGAGAGGUCGACUGUGCUGGUGACGGCACUGAUCUACCUCCUGGUGGCGAUGGCGGUGCUGAUUGCGGACGAGCGCACGCUCGAGACGGGGCUGGACCGAGCGUACGCCAGCUUCAACCACAGCGCAUCGCAGUUCCUGCAGGACCAGCACGGCCUCAAGUCCAGAGGGCCUGCUUCACAGCUGAUACUGAAGCUGUCGCUGGCCGUGUGGUGCGGCCUGGUGGGAGCGCUCUUCACCUUCCCGGGGCUCCGCAUGGCCCGUAUGCACUGGGACUCUCUCAGGUAUUCUGCAGAGAAUCGUGUUCUGCGCCUGCUGCUGAACAUGAGCUUUGCACUGCCACUGCUACUGGUGGUGCUGUGGAUCCGGCCUGUGAGCCGAGACUAUCUCACGGGUAGAGUCUUCACUGGCAUGACGGGCCCCAUCAUGACACCAGAACUUUUUGAGACAAUGAGGCUGUGGCUGGUGGUCUUUGCAAUUCUCUUGAGGAUAGUCUUGAUGCCCACGUACCUACAAGCAUACCUCAACAUGGCCUACCAUCGCCUGGAGGAGCAGAAGAAGGAAGCAGGCCGUAUCACCAACACCGAACUCCAGAAAAAGAUAGCUGCUGUGUUUUACUACAUGUGUGUGGUGACUAUCCAGUAUGUUGCUCCGAUCAUCAUGUGCCUCUUCCUAACGAUGAUGUACAAAACACUCGGAGGCUAUACGUGGACUGGGCAGGUGGCACCUGCUACUGGAUUUUCACCUCUGGACAACCCAAAGGCCUCUUCACCUCUGCAGGGACCAUCCGGCACUGAGGGUGGCGAGUCCAUCAGGCAGUCCGCCCAGGAGUUUGCUCUCGCUCUCAACUCCCUCAAACAGGUGUUCACAACAGAGGUGUUCCGCGGCCUGCUGGGCUUCAUGACCUGGUGGACGUGCUUCUCCUGGUUCUCUACGUCUUCACUCGGCAUGCUGUAUCAGUCCUACUUCAGAUCCACCUAGUACAUCGCCCGCGUACCGAACGAGUACGAAGAUUGUCACGAUGGGCGACUUUAGCGAAGGAGGCGUUCCGGUGGCAGGGCAGAUAAGAGAAAUCUGUGUGGUGUGUUACCUCUGACUCAAAUGUAGGCCUCAUUAGUAGCAGCUCGUGCAGUCUCCCGGGCUGCUGACAAAAUGCAAACUGCUCGAUGGCGGAGCAAUGGUGUGUCACCGAGGCUCAGAAUAUAGGCAGUGCCAGUGAUGUGCGCACAAGCAAAUGUGGACUUGGAGUACUGAUUGACUCAGUACUGCCACUCUAGUGUUGCACACUAAACCUUUUCUGUCUAGUACUCUCUUAAUUCAUUUUGCAGAUAAGGGUUUCUUUCCCCAGGCAAAGCUUGACGUAACAUUGGCAAGAAAUAUUGAUAAAAUGUAGUUUAAAGGUGAUGUGUAAUGCCACAGCUUUCUACCUGUUUCUUUGUCGCCCACUGCAGACCACAAGGAAGCUCACAUUAUCUUGUACAUGGAAAAGUUAAUUCCAUAAGUUUUUUUCUACAAUGUGCUCUUUUAUUUACAAGUGUGUCGAUCACAUUUGGCAAAUAUUAAAGUUAGCAGUAUUAGGAAAAGGAUAGAUUGGUACUUCAUCGUAAAAAUGAGCACACCUCAUGCACAGACGACCACUACUGCUGGCAGAACUCUGGUUUACUAAGACACACUCAGAAUAGCAAAGUUGAGCAACAAAAUAAUCUCAAUUGUCAGACACCACUAGUCUCAACACCAACUUGUCAGAACUUCUGUUUGGAGCUGCCAGUGGUAGAGGUCAUUUGUGCGUGAAGUGUGCUUGCUUGUGUGAAUGGGUGUGUUUCUUUGCCAAAGAGGGCUUUUGUCAAAAGUUGUGUGUGUAAUAGUCUUUUAACUAUGCCUACCUGCAACUCAAGAGGUAAUCUGUACAGUUCGUAGAAAUCUAUUCUUUUCGUAAUAUUGUCGAUAUUCCAACUUAGAGUUUCCAUUGUUUGAUAUGUUAAAGUUAAUUGGUUCAGAUGCUAAUGAAUCAUCACAACUAAAAAAACCAUGGAAGACAGAAAUGCAAAAUUUGUAUUAAAUUUAAACAAGUACAGAAACGUUAAGAAGUGGAUGCUAAAGACAGAAAUAAAAAUCAACCCGGUAUCAUGUUACGCAAGUAACGUGUGAAGUUAUUAUGAACCACCCGUUCUGGACACUUCAAAUGAACUGUAGGUGUGGGCCAGUGUGGGUUACAUUUGUGAGAAGUACAAUGUAAUUAGGUAAUACGUUCGUUUCACUUUAUACGAUUCUCAAUAUCCGUCAGUUGUCGUUGAUGAUAUUUCGAGCAAAUUGAAACUGGUGAUGUAUUUUUUUAAACAUAAAUAACUGUUUACAUUGCACUUCUCCUACAUGUAAGCCAAACAUACUCGUGCCUUCUAGCAACAUAGCUAUUUCAGUUUUGAGGUAUAACACAUGAUCAACAGUGGCAGUUAAUGAAGCAUUCACUGCAGUCAUUUAAAAUUAUCACUUGAUAUAUAUUACUCCUAUGACACAAUACAGAGUAUCUUUUUAUAUUUCUCUACAGUUAGCACUUUUUAAAUUUUUAUAUAGUUUGUAUUUAAUAGUAAUCUUUCAUUUUUAUCUUUUCUAGAUUUUUAGUUAUGAUGAUAAAUCAUUCAUCAAAACCAGUUAACUGUAAUACAUCUACAAAAUGUGAUGAUCACAUUUGUGAAUAAAAUAGCAUAUUUCAAAUAGCUCGCAUGCUCCAGUGUGGCAAUGCCAGAUUUCAUUAUUUUUGUCUUACCGAUUGACUUAUGAAGUCUUACCCUAUUCUUCAUACGUAUACCAACACUGUGCUCACAUUUGCUCAUCCUCUCUGACAAAAUUCAAUCAGACUUAAGGUCUCUCAUCAAGGUCAAUAAUUUUAACACCAUAUAUACUGUGAUGGUCAUAUUCACCAAUCACAAAUUCAUUUUGUGUCUACAUUUUAAGUAUGUCAUUAACAUAUCUCUCUGUCUCUGUCUCUGAAACAGCCACUGAAGGUUACUCCUGUAAAGUAUACCAACAGCAAAGUACGGUGAGCACCUUUAUCGAGUGACAGAUUAUGGUUUCUAACAAAUGAAAUUCUCUUAUCCAUCCUUUCAGAUAUCCCACAUAUGUAAUCUUCAUGCACCACAUACCUCCAGCACAACUUGGUGACUGUCUUGAUUUUUGUCAGUGUUAAUUGAGCCCUGAAAUUUCAGCCGCAACUUAGAAACACUGCUGUGGCUGAGCUGACAGUGCAUCUGAUGGUACACUGAUGACCCAGGUUCGAUCUUUGGUGUCACUGGGAAAUUUCCCUCAGUGGGACUACUGGAAAUGGGUCUUCUCUGCAAUGUGGAGACAAUCCAGAAGCUACUCGAAAGAGUAGUAAUUUCCAUCGCCACCAUUUUUUAUUUUAUUUUAUUUUUUUCAGCUUCAUCUCUGUGUAGCACUUGCAACAGACAUCCUCAGUUAAUUACUGGACAUAAUUCCAAUCUCUAGUCUUCCUCUACCGAAUAACCCUCUACAGCUCCCUCUAGUACGAUGGCAGUUAUUCCCUGAUGUCUUGUCAAAUGUCCUACCGUGCUUUCUCUCCUUCUUCUCAGUGUUUUCAAUGUAUUCCUUUCCUUGUCGAUUUUGCGGAGAACCACCUCAUUCCUUACCUUAGCGAUCUUAAUGUCAUCUUUAGUCCAGCAAACUUGAGUAGGUAUCCAGAGUUUUUGGGCUUCUAACUGUUUUUCCAAUUCCUAAUGAUGAUACUUGGGAUGAGGUUGAAGAGGAGUAUUGACAGUCCACCUCACUGGUGAAUACCGGUUUUAAUAUUGCAACAAAUACUUAUAUUUAUAUCAUAAAUUUUACUCUUGAUUUUGUGUCUGAGUGUUUGCUUGAAGAGGCUUAUCGUCUUUGGGUCUAGUCCCUGCCCCUGUAGAACAUCAAAAUGACAGUCGGUCAACCAAGUUAUAUUGCUUUUCCAGUCCACCUGAUUUUCAACUAGCUGUAGCACCACAUCUUAAAUGUCCAAUUCUCUUCUUUUCCGGUUUUCUCACCGUGUUUCACUACCGUACAAUUCUAUGCUCUAAACGUACAUUCUCAGAAAUUUCUUCCCCAAAUUAAGGCCUAUGUUUGAUAUUAAUAGACUGCUCGUGGCCAGUUAUGGCCUUUUUUUCCAGUGCUAGACUGCUUUUUAUGUCCUCCUUGCUCCAUCUGUUGUGGGUUGCAGAAUUCCAUAACUUCAGGUACUUCUCAUUACUUUCGUCUUUCUUCGAUUUACUCUCGGUACAUAUUCUGUAGUCAUUAGUGUUCAUUCCAUUUAGCAGAUCCUGUAAUUCUUCUUCACUUUCAUUGAGGAUAGCAAUACCAUUAACAAAUCUUACCAUUGAUGACGUUUCACCUCAAAUUUGAAUUCCACUCUUGAACCUUUAUUUCCUUCAUUGCCUCUUCAAUGUAUAGAUAGAACUGCAGACGUGGAAGACUAUGUCCCUUUGUAACACCAACAUUAAUGCUCAGGGAAAAUGUGUGCUGACCACAGCCCUAUUUUCCCCGACACUUAUAUAAGGCUUUGAGCAGCAGUUGACCAGCUUAACACAGCUGUCUUGGUCCAAUUGCAGAUUUAGUUUCAACAAAAGCUUAAUAUUACAGAUUGUCUUCCACAGAGUUGUGAACAGUGCACUAAACUCAUUCCCUUUGUGAAUUCUUACAUGUUUUCACUGAUAAUGUAUUACUUCAGGUAACUUAAUUCUGCAGAUAAUUUACGCUUUUAUCUUACACAUCACUUUUACAGAGAUCAUCAAUACAAUACAAAUUAAGCCUAAUUUCUCCUAAGCAGGAUGCAAACAGGUUGUAAUAUUCCUGAUCAGGUAGUCAUUGUUCUUGUAAGAAAGAAUAAAUUUUGCAUUUAAAACUGAAUGGAAGAAAACACUAGACAUCAGCUUUGGAUGUUUCCCCAGUAACAACAUUAGGCUCUUCAUCUCUAUUACAUAUUCUGCAAAGAUGGAAUAACUGAUUGUUUUGUGGGAAUAGUUUACUUAGAUACAUAUACAGCAAUCAGGCCAUGCAGACCACGUGCUCCUUUCUGUUUGUGCUUGGUUCCUCCAGGUGUUCUUAGUCUGCAGGACUCCCAGCAUUGUCUUGUUGUUCCUCUGGGGAGCCUGGUGUUUGGUUUCCCCUCACGUGCCUAUAUCACCUUUCUUCUGGUGUACGGGUUACAUGGCCCACUAACUGCAUUCUUUUGCUCUUCAGCUUCUGUAGAAUUUUUGGUUGCUGCAUCAAAGGAAGAGUUCUUCAGUCCUCCUCCCAUCAUCCUCCAUUCUCCUUUUCUAAGAUAGGUUCCAAUAUCUUGCUCAUUACUUUUCAAUAAUUUUGAUUCCACCAAUAAUUCUUCUAUUGGAGCCUAAGUCUCUUUCAUUUCAGUUUCAUAACUGAUUGCUUACUUCAGUGGGUCCAUUCCCUUGGGGUAGAGCCAUUGGUUUUCAGUUGCUGCUUUAUGUAGUGACUAGUAUACUGUGGUUACUUGAACAAGAUUUUGUAUUGUCUCUGAUAGCUUCUGAUGCCACUGUAGUAGACACAAUCAUUUCCACAAAUUCCCAUUUCUGCUGGUAAUAAGACAGCUGUAAUGAAAGUGCUGCUUCUAAAGUGUUAAUUCCGAUCUCAGAAGUUGUUUUUUCUUUCUCCACUUCCAUAUAUCCAAUCAUGAAAACAGCUGUUAGAAACAGUAGUACAGUCUGUAUUACCAAUGAACUAUUAUUAAACUGCUAUAUAUAUAUAUAUUUUGCCCCAACUGGUUUCCAGUGACAAUGCAGUUUUAUCUUGAGACCAAAAUAGCAACAUUUGAAAGUAAAAGAAGAAAAAAAGUGGAAGCACGAGUUGAGGAUCGCUCAUUUCUUUGCUUUCAAGCUCUUGUCUGUGCUUGUGCUGACCGGUAGUUCUCUCUCAAAGCUAGUAUUUUUGUUUAGAGAGCUGGUGAGUUUCAACUAAAGUUAAUUUUUUUCAUAAUACAGAAAAUUUUGAGUGCAUAAUUACUCUACAUUUUGUUCGUGAUUUUGUCUCCCCUUAAAGCAAAAACACUCUUCUAGAGUUGUUUUGAGUAAUGGGUCAAGUACAUAAUUGGUAAUCACUGUAUUUACAAGAAACAGUUUCCCUUUCUUGACAAAAGGGAAUAUUAUGAUUGUAGGAAAUGGGAGUUUUAUUAAGUGUAUCCAUCACGAAUGAGCUCUUGAAACAGUGAAUUGUAUUAUGAAUAAAACAGCCUGAGAAAUUUUAAUUAUUCUUUGCACUUAACUUUAUGCUAGUUUGAUUCACAAAAUGCUACUCUCAGUGAGAACUACCAAACGUACCUUAGCUUUAACUUUCCUCUGUUAAUAUUGUUCAUUGUUUGUGUAAUGCUAUUUUCAAUAGCAAACAAAAUUAUGUUUGAAGCCACACAUCCAAAUUCUACAUAAGCUCAAAAGCUGUAAUUCUUCUCAUUUAUUUAGUGACUGAAAAUAUUGUGUGUUGGCUGCUGGCACUUCUUUCUGCUAGGAGCAUACUCCAUUUUUAAGAAUAAUUUCAGUAGAUGGCACUUUUUUCCUGAGAUUGACUUAAUGUUUACUGCUAUCUGUAUUCAUUUACUGGCAUCCUGUAACCUUUUGUGCCAACAGCACAGCUGGCCAGUUUGUAAGAAAUAGUUCAGGUGGAUCAUUUGUCAGAGUUCCAUAACUGAAGUUAGUCUUGUGCGAAGAGAAAUGAGAAAGUGUGAUGGAAUAUUUGAUAGUGUUUGUUGUUAGAAUGCUUUUGUUUUCUGUGCUUGCAGAUGCUGCUGCACAAGUAUUUACACAUCAAAGUAAAAUACUGCAGGUAUAGCACACACAGUAAGAGGAAAUAAUGUCUUUUCAACUUAAGUUACCACUGAUUGCACAUUGUUAUGGACAUUUCAUUUAAAGCACAAACAGGAAGGCAAUUCUAGUGAGCAAAUCAUUUCAGUUAUUUUACCACUUCACAAUCCAUGGCUACACGCACUCACACAAAGUCUUUGGUCAAAAAUUCCAGGCAUUCCUUACUGUAUGUCAGUGCAAACUAUUUUAGAAGUACCUGAGAGUUUCGUGGACAGAUUGCCAGAAGGUAUUGUGAAUGGUGAUUUCCUUAUUUCAUAACAUAUAUAAUCUAAAUCAUUUGAUUUAGGUACAGGAGACACAUCAAAAUUGCAGUAAAAUUUUACUACAGACAUAAAGCAUGCAAUGCUAAAAAAUAGCAUAAUAAUAAUAAGUUCAAACUAUCAUUUCAUCCUCUAUGAAUUCUUCUGUUAAAUAAUAGCAUUUCCCCCACAGAAUCUGCUGUAGCUUUGGUUUUAAAAUUUUCUAGCUUCAUAUUAAAUGUGCUUUUGUCCAUCAACUUGUUAUAUAUUGUUUCUAUAUUUAUUUAUUGUCCUCUGAAUCAAUACUGUACACGACAUGCACAUGGUGAUGCACAAACAUACAUUUGAUGUUGGACAUUAUGAUAAUUUGCUGGCAUGAAGUAAUAUGCCAAAAGUUUGCACAAACAUGAGUUUACAUACAUAUUUUCUGAGAAGUUAUGAACACGCAUAUUACAUACUCAGUUAAACAUUUGUAUUUUAGUGCUGCAUUUCUCUCACACACAUACACAACAGUACCUGGUUGGAUAUUCUUUUUGCACUUAAUUUACUUUGUAGCAGAUAAUAUAGAUGCAAGAUUUUUGCACAUACUUGCAUUAAUGUUUUACUCUUUACAGAAUUCUUUGCAGCAAUUUGUUUCAUGUUUCUUGCCACCCAUGUGGAGCAGAAAUUCACUUGCACUGUAGAAAUAAUGAUGAAGUAGGAAUAAUUUUAUUUUUUUUAUUAAAUACAGUCAGUGGCUUACUGUUUCUUAUUUCUGAUGGCAGGCUGUUGUAUAUUUUAAUGCCUUUGUUGAACGGAGAGUUUUUAAAGGCAGGGGUGCACAUUUCUUUAACAUGGAGUUUCAUUUUCUGCCCAGUACCAUAGUCAUGGACAUUUACAUUUUUAUUAAAUUUUGUAAUAUUACUUUUUUUACAAAUUUGCAUAGUUCUAGUAUAUACAGGCUGCCAAGGGGUAGGAUGAACAACUUUUGGAAGAGACAUCUGCAGCUAUCUGUCGGUUUAUUCACUAUUCUUAUAGCUCUCUUCUGGGUAAGGAGAAUGUUUGGGCUAUGUGUAGAGUCUCCCCAGAAUAUAAUACCAUACUGCAUUACACUGUGGAAUUGUGCAUAGUAGGCUGUGUGCACAGUUUUUGGUCUUAUGCAGUAUGCGAGGAUUUGUAGGGCAUAGCACACUUUGUCUGGCUUGCUAUUAGUUUGUUUGAUGUGUGUUUGCCAUUUUGUAUUAUCCUGGAUCCAUAGGCCUAGAAAUCUUGUUUCUGUAUUUGGGAACUGUGUAAUUUCAUAUCAGGCAUAAUUUCAUUUGCUCUUAGGUGGAAGUUUAGGCAAGUGGUUUUCUUUGUGUUCACUAUGAGCUUGUUUUUCUCAAACCAAUCACCAAGUUCGUCUGUAUUUCCGUUUAUGGCCUCUUGGAGUUCAUGUUCAGUUUUGCUUGUUAUGAGGAUACUGCGAAGAGUGUACUGGUGCUAGCAUUUGAUGUUUGACUGUAGGUCGUUUAUGUACACAAGGAAGAGUGCUGGUCCAAGUAUUGAGCCUUGGUGCACACCUUGUGUAAUGUUGCAAUAGUCAGUGUAGUAUGUUUAGAUAUGUCCUUGAUUGUUAUAGUUUGACACUUUUUGUUUCCUAUUUGUCAGGUAUGAGAUGAACCAGUUUAUUGGGGUGCCUCUGAUGCCAUAUGACUCAACUUUGUUGAGAAGAAUCUUGUGGUCUAUGACAUCAAAUGCCUUGGACAAAUCUAGGAAGAUCCCAACUGUUUUUUUGCUUUUUGUCUAGAACAUCUAGGGUGGAGGGUAAUUACUCAUAUAUGGUAGUUGCCGUGGAUUUGUUUUUCUGAAACUGUGCUGGAUAUCAAGUAGUAUCUGGUUCUUAUCAAGAAAAUUUAUUAGUCUUUGGUGAACUAAUCUCUCCAAAAGUCUACCAAACACAGGUAAUAGCGAUAUGGGUCUGUAGUUUUCUGCGUUGAGUUUUUCACCUCAAAGGUUGGGACGACUUUAGCCACUUUCGUGCAGAUUGGAAAUGUACCUGCCAGCAACGGUUAAUUGUACACAUUUGGGAGUGGGAGAGCUAUUUUGUUUAUGCAGUUUUUGAUGAUGAGAUCUGGGAUUUAUUCUUGAGGUACUUUGCACUUAGCACAAUUUCUUCAGCAGUAGUUUCCCAGAAGAAUAUAGAUUCUACAGGAGUUAUUUUGUUUUGUCUGUUGGGUGUGGGUUUGUUGAUGCUUUAUAACAGAUUUUUAACAAUAUUUGCAUAGUAAUUGUUGAAAAUAUUUGCAUUUCUUGUGGAUUAGUAACUCUGGUGUUGGUGUGGAUCAGAAUAGUGUUUUCGUAUUUACGUAGCUGUUGAUUUGUUUCAUUCCUUAUGAUGUUCCACACUGCCUUGGUUUUGUUUCAGGAUGUUGCCACAUAGUUGUCAUUUGCUAUUCAGUUUGCUAGUGCUAUGACUUUUUUUAAGGAUGUUGACAUAUUGCUUGAUAUCUUUCUUGAGAUGGGGUGGGGAUGGCAUUGUUAUUUUUUAGAUACAGAUCUCUCUUCCUUCUGCAGGAAAUCUUUACACCAGUUGUUAUCCAUGGCUUCUUAUUGGGUUCUUUUGCUGUGGUGUGUUUAUGUUUAAGAGGAAAGACAAUAUUGAAGUGAUGUAGAAAUGUGUUUAGGAAUGAUUCCAUUUUGUUGUCUGUAUCGCCUGCUUCAUAUACUUUGUUCCGUGUUUCUGCUGCUAAGGAAUCAUUGAAGAUUUUCAGGUUUUCAUGGCUGUUAUUUUUUACUUUAGUUGUGAUCCCCAUCUGUGCAUAGCAUAACAUUAUUUUUGUUUCUCACGUUACAUGUGUGGUUUGUGUCUGCUUUGUGUGAAGAUAAUAAUUUGAUAAAUGUAUAUGGAGAGAACAGUUAGGAUUUGUAGUGUCCAAAAUAAUUUGUGCAAGACUGUAUGCUGUGCAGUACACAUGAUCUGACAAUUUUCUUUUGCAGUUUCAGUAUUUGAGAUACACUAUUUGAACUUGCGCAGAAAAAUUAUACCAUGGGUAAUAGCAGAUUCAGAAUAACUAUGAUAAGCAAUUUUUAGUGUACUCGAAUCAGUAAAAUUUGCUAGUAUUUUUUGUUACAAAUGCAAAAUUGCAUAGUUUAUUUGAUAGGAAGUCAAUACGUAUAUUCUAUCUUAAAUUUUUGUCCACAUUUAGUUCUAGGUAUUUGACUGAGUUAUGUUGUCUUUUAAGUUCCACAUAUUUUAAAUGUUUGGAUUUACCAUAUAAAGUUGUGGAAUAUUCAGUUUCAACCCACUUAACUAGAAUCAGUUUGCUUAUGAUGGAGCUCGGAAUUUUUUCUACUGUGUCAUUUUCAAUUAAAACAGAAUGAGACACACCUUGUGAUACUCUAUUCCAUUUAUGUUUUUAAAUGUCUGAGAUUCCAUUUUUCUUCAGUUCUUUGACUACUAAGUAAUUUUCAAAAUUUAGGAGAAUAAUAUAAUUUCAACCCAGUUAGACACCCAUAAAUGUAUUAAUUACUUUUGCUUUUGUAAUAACAUUAGUCUUACUGAACAGUGAUUUACUUGUGGCGUUCAACUGUGUGUGUGUGUGAGGGGGGGGAGAGAGAGAGAGAGA